AUGAUUACAUGGAUGAAAGAUGGAAGUGAGGUUCUUACAUCGUUUGUUGGGCAGACUCAGAUCAGCUUCCUAAAACCAAUCCAGACAUCAGAACAAGGAAUCUAUGAGAUCUACUAUGAAAACGAGAGGUCUCAAAACAGAGGAGGACUAUAUAGACUCAUCAUCAGAGAAUGCCCUGCUGGUAAGUGGGGUCCCACUGAGUGCUAUGGUAUCUGUGAUAAAUGCUACAAUGGUGGAGUCUGUGAUGACAAGUCUGGUCUAUGUAUCUGUCCUAACAACUUCAAGGGACCGAAUUGUUUAGAAAUUUGUAGGAAUGAUGGUGGAAAUCGAUUUGGAUUGAACUGCGAGUUUCAAUGUUCAUAUAAGGAUGAUGCAAUCACAAGAUGUCAAGGGUAUCUUUUUUGCCUACCUGAUCCUUAUGGAUGUUCAUGUGACGUCGGUGCUCAUGGUCUUGCAUGUAACACACUAUGUACUGUUGGUACAUAUGGUCCAGGAUGUUCACAGCCAUGUCACUGUGGUUCAUCAUGUAACAUCUAUAGUGGAAUAUGUACAGGUGGGUGUCAGACUGGCUGGUCUGGGGACAACUGUCAAAUUCCAGAUGAAUGUGAAGAUGCUUACUUUGGAUCACAAUGCACUGAUAAAUGCCAUUGCUUAAAUGAUGAACCAUGUGAUAAACAGACUGGAGAGUGCCCUGAGCAGAAGUGUGCUGUAGGGUACAAAGUACGCAGUGGCCAGGUCAACUGUCAAGAGUGUGAAGGGGGUACCUUUGGAAGGGGUUGCCUUCAGCAAUGCCAUUGUUCUUCAGAGGCUUGUGAAACAGAGAGGGGUCUUUGCAAUGGACAAUGCCUUGAUGGCUGGAUUGAACCAUAUUGUCAAAGAAUAUCAAGAUUGGUUCCAGUGAGAGUGAACCCAUACCAACCAUCUAGCUUCACAUGUUAUGUUGAGGGUAUCCCACCUCCUGAUUCAUCUUCAGUUGAUCUUUCUAGACGCACUGGAAACACCGACGACAAGACAGGAAUCACCAAGAGGUCUAGCACUGUCUCAGGGUCAGAACGAGCUGUUGUCUUUGAUGUUAACAGUGUCUUUCCACAGGAAUAUGGGGGAUACCAGUGCUUUCUCUAUGUUGAAAAUAUAAGCUAUCCCAGUACGCUUAUUACCAACGCAACUUAUGUUUUGCCAGUCAUAGAGCAAGCACCAGUGAUAGUGAGUACCACGUCAGCUACAGUAGGUCUCCGAUGGAAUGCAUGGUCUGGAGAAGAUGACAUAGGUGAUCCUCCUCUGGUAGGAUAUGAUGUCUUUGUAGAGGAGGAUGGUGAAGUGGCAACAGAUCAGAGAGUAGACCAACUCACGACAUCAGCCAUCGUUAAUAACCUGACACCCGACACAGGUUACAUGUUUCGCGUAGCAGCAGUGAGGAAAGGAACAGGUGGAACAGGACCUCUGUCUCCUGGGAACAGCUCAAUAACUCUCUGUAGAAAACCCAGUGCUUCUCCAACGGGACUACUAGUGGCAGCCAUCAACCCUAAAGAACUAGAGGCGACAUGGGAGCACCUCCCCUCGGAAUCAGCAGAUUGCAGAAGUGGAGUGACUCAUUAUACGAUCUACUAUGCUGCCACUGGAUCAACUUCUUCAAACACUAUUUUUGUUUCUCAUGACACUAGGUCCUACUUGAUAAGAGGGUUAGAAACCUAUUUAGACUAUACUAUCCAAAUGACUGCAUCAAAUAAAGACGAUGAGAGUGAUAGGAGCAGUGAGACUGUCAGGAAAACACUUGAAGAAGUCGCACCUGCUCCUAUCAAUGUGGCUAAUCUACAGAGUACUGCAAGCUCAUUCACUGUCACCUGGUCUACCCCUUUACCAUCUAACAUCAAUGGUAACAUCAACAAGUAUAUCAUUCGCUACAAGCGAGCUGAUCCCACUGGUGAUGGUGACUAUAAGAUGGAGGAAGUACCAACUGGUGAAUUUGAAGGAGAACAUACUGUGAUGGAUCUGCCCAGUGAAAUCAACUAUACAGUUCAGGUCCGAACUGUCAAUGGAGCUGGUUCUAGUAAUUGGUCCGAGCCAGUGUAUGCAAAGACCACCCUCUCAGGUACCAGGAUACCGGUAGGGGCUGUGAUAGGGGGUGUGAUUGUACCUCUCGUUAUCAUCGCAAUACUGAUAUUUGCUGUGGUGAUGUUUAGAAGGAUCAAACAAAGACGUUUGAAGGAUGAACCAGCCGCAUCACUACCAAACGCCGAACGUGAGACCUCUCCAAAGUAUGAGAACCCUGUGUUUGAUGACUCCCAGCAAGACCCCAAUAUCUACGAAGACCCGAAUGCUGACGACCAUACAUACCAAGAUCUUAAUACAGAUACACCAAACUACCAGAAUCGUAUCGACCCCAACACCUAUCAAGAUCUUAAGAAACCCACCAGCAACAUAACCUAUCGAGAUGUAACAGAAAUAUAGACGCAACUCAAGCGAGGCAGAGGGGUUUCGUGCCAACAUUGAUAAAUGCUGGACAAGCCCUAAUGUGCAUGUUAUGUACUACACAGAGUUUCCAAUACGUGUAUUUAUCUUGAUGCUCAUACUAUUUCAUUUUUCUACAUGCUCAUACUACGAUACUCAUCUAUAUAUUUAAAUUGUUACAAGAAAUAUACUACGAAACUUAAACAACUACUUUCAAAAUGUUAUAGAAACAGCAAAUAUGUUAUGUUAUUUUUUAGAUCAUUACUAGCUUGCAAAAUGAUAGGUGAAAGGGUAGAUUUAUCUCUAAAUUCUUCAAAUUGAUUUUUCUUUUACAAUGCAAAGAUGCCACUUUUAAAUUUUUCACCACUUUUGUACAGGAAGUUUUUAUCUGCUUUUUAGUUAAGGUGGUUUAACGUUGCUCAUUGUCAGGCCAUAGAUCUCUUUCUAGAUUUGGUUUCACGUGUAGAGUAAAUAGAUUUAUUAAAAAAAAAUAUUUCCGAAGGCAGGACAAAUAUUAUAUUGUAAGCUCAUGUAAGAAUAUACAUGUAUAUAACUCAGUAUUAAA